UUUCAACGAACGUGAACGCGGUCGCACUGGAACUGCAAAAAACAUAAAUAAACUGUGUGCAUUCCCAAAAUAAUAAUAAAAAACAAAUAAAAUUACAAUGUUUAACUACACGUUCCCCUGUGGCGGCUUUAAAACCCACACAAAAAUGACAGACACCGGCAUCACAUUUGAUCCACCUGUUUACGAGCAACGAUAUUGUGCAGCGAUUCAAAUACUUGAGGACUCACGUUGGACUGGUGAAAUAAAAAAGGUUACAGAAUUCGGUUGCGCAGAGAUGCGACUUUUCCCAUUAAUUCGACGCAUCGAGACCAUCGAGCAAAUUCUGCAGGUUGAUAUUGAUAAAGAAUUGCUAAAGACUCAUAUGUGUCGCACAAAUCCUUUUGUAUCAGACUUCUUAAAGCAACGCACCUGCCCAUUACAUAUCGAAGUGCUGCACGGCAGCGUGGCAGACUCGACGGAAAUAUUGAAAAAUACAGACGCAGUAAUUGCAUUAGAACUUAUUGAGCACGUCUAUGACGAUGUACUGAAUAAAAUACCUAACAAUAUUUUUGGCUUUAUACAGCCAAAAAUUGCUCUAUUUAGCACACCAAAUUCCGACUUUAAUGUGAUAUUCACACGCUUUAAUCCGUUGCUCCCCAACGGAUUUCGCCAUCACGAUCACAAAUUCGAAUGGACACGAGAAGAGUUCAAAUCCUGGUGCCUAAGCAUAACGGAAAAAUAUCCAAAUUAUGAUUUUACUCUCUUGGGAGUCGGUGAACCACCCGAGGAAUAUAAAUCAGUUGGUUUCGUUUCACAAAUAGCACUCUUUGUUCGCAAGGAUCUGUUGAACAUGCCCUUAGUUGAACCAUUGAACUCGGAACCAGUAGCUACUUGUGAAACGCCUUAUGAAACAUUACACACAGUGGACUUUCCUUACUAUAUCGAUACUCGCACGCCAGAGGAUAAGAUAUGGGCAGAGAUUCAAUAUGAACUACAUCGUUGCACACUGGAUGAAGAUAAUUACGAUUGUGAUAAGUGUGCUUAUAAGAUAGCUAUCGAUGAGCUGGUGAAACGUUUAAGUAACAUGGGCGCUACAAAGGAAAUAGUGGAGCAACUGUUGGACCAGCAUAAACAGAAAGUGGAGCAAGGCAACGUAAUUAUCGAAGAGGACAUUGAAGAGGAGGAAGAAAACUAUAUAAACACAGAGUGCACUACAGAUGGACCACUUUCCGAGACGGAGCGUGAGAUUGAAAACUGGGAUGAAUAAAAUGUAUUUAUCUAUUUGUUUGUCAGAGAAUCAAUUGCCUUGGCACACACAAUAUAAAUCUUAACAGCCGGCUGAAAUGAUAAAUGUCUUCAAGGGUCUUUUGGGGUUGGUUUGCUUGGGGUUUUUCCCGCACAGCUUUUCAAUUUGCAGUGCAAUGUUGGCGAAAAGCAAAUCUUUGGUGAAUGGUGAAUGAUAGUUGCGAAUUAUUUUCAUGGGGUGGACGCCAAGAUGACGAGACGCUUGCAUCCUCGUAUCCGUCUGUCUAGCUGGCACCCCGCACAGGGUAAUUGUUAUUGUUCCGGGGGGUGGCAAAUCAGAUGAGGCAAAUUCGCCAGACAUGGCGCAAACGCAGCACAACAAAUUUACAGUCGAUUAAUGCGCUCUGCAAGUGGGAUCCGGGGGUGUGUUGCGGUCGCCGGUUGCUGGUUGCCUGACGUCGCAGCGUAGUCCAAAGUUAAUCGAGUCGGCGUCAGUCAGUUGCAAGUGAAUCGUGCUCCCGGCAAGGCAACACAACAUUGCCAUAGCAGCUCAGCCGUAGUGUGUGUGUGUGUUGUGUGAUUCGUAGCGUGACAA